AUGCCAGGUAUGAUGAAUAUGAUGCCAAAUAUGGAUAUGAGUAUGAUGAACAUGAUGCCAAGCAUGGGCAUGAUGAAUAUGAUGCCUAAUAUGGGUAUGAUGAAUAUGAUGAACAUGAUGCCAAAUAUGGGUAUGAUGAAUGAAAUGAUGCUUUCUCCUAUGAUGUAAAUGAUGACUACUUAAAUGAUGAACAUGGGUAUGAGAAAGGAAGAAGUUAAUAGAAGAAUGAUGGAUAUGUGGACUAUGAUGGAGUCUUAAUACAGCCAAGCUAUGAAAAAUUGCUAAGUAAUGAUGGAAUAAAUGAGAAUGAAUAUGAUGAUGUGCUAAAAUAUGAGAACAGAAUGUUCCAAAAAAAUGGAAUGUACAAGUGAUGAUAUGAAAAAGAGCUCAACAGAACCUAGAUGUGAUUCAGUAUUCAGAAAAACAUACAUGAGAACUCCUGAUAUGGAAAUGGAAGAAUGUUGGGAUAGCAUGGAUCCUAAAAAAUGUUACACUGUCUUCAAAAAAGCAGGAGAGACACCUUGCAUGAUGCCUGGAAUGUUAACAGGUAAUCCAAUGACCACUAUGAUGGGUACCAUGGGUACUGAUUGUUGCGACAAGUGGGAACCUAUGGGUGAAGGUAUGGAUGAAAAAUUUGACAGACUUUGUAUGAUGACUGGCAAAAGAACCAAAGAUAUGAGAGAUUUUGUAAUGUAACACAAGGAAAUGAGUGUUGGUUAGUUAUUUGACAAAAUGUGUGAAAUGAAAAUGUGCAAUUGA